AUGGCGUCUGCAGGAGGACCCGGAAAGCUGUCUCGCGAGGAGUACCGCCGACAGAAAGACCUCGAUGCGGCGCGUAAAGCCGGUACAGCGCCCUACGCGCUCGACGAAGAGGGCAAAGCCAUUAACCCUCAUAUUCCCCAAUACAUCUCCCAAGUCCCCUGGUACGCCGACACGGGGAAACCCACCCUCUCCCACCAACGUAAACCCGUCGAAGAAAAAGACCCCAACGCAAUAAACGACUGGUACGACCGUGGCGCAAAAGGCUCGACCGCAAAGAAAUACCGUAAAGGCGCAUGCGAGAACUGCGGCGCUCUAACGCACAAGCGUAAAGACUGCUUGGAGCGACCGAGGAAGAAGGGAGCGAAGUUCACGAACAAAGACAUCGCGCCAGACGAGAUUGUGCGGGAUAUUGAGCUGGGGUAUGAUGCGAAGAGGGAUAGGUGGAAUGGGUAUGAUCCGGGGGAGCAUAAGAAGGUGUACGAGGAGUAUGAGGCGAUCGAGGCUGAGCGGCAACGGCAACGCGAGGAAGAAAUCGACAAUCAGACUACGACGGACCUCGCGGCUGUGAGGAAGGUGGCGAAGGCUGGGAAAGCGAAGGAGGAGGAUCCGGACUUUGGCUCGAGCGAGGACGAGGAUGCGGACGAGGACAAGUACGCGGACUCGGCGGACGCUGUGGGACAGAAGAUGGACACCAAGACUCGUAUCACCGUCCGAAAUCUACGCAUCCGAGAGGACACGGCGAAAUACCUCAUAAAUCUCGACCCCGAGAGCGCGUACUAUGACCCCAAGACGCGUUCCAUGCGCGAGAAUCCGCUCAACAACGUCCCGCCAGAAGAGGCCCGGUUCGCCGGAGACAACUUCUUGCGUUAUUCCGGAGAGGCGCCGGAGGUGGCCGCGAUGCAGAUCUACGCGUGGCAGGCCGAACAGCGCGGACAUGAUGUACACCUCAACGCCAACCCGACACAGGGCCAGCUAUUGCAUAAACAGCACAAGUCGGCGAAGGAGGAGAUGCGCGAGGUCAACAAGGGGAGUAUAUUGGCGAAGUACGGUGGCGCGGAGUAUCUGGAGGGUGUGCCGAAAGAGCUAUUGGAGGGGCAGACGGAGGAGUAUGUCGAGUAUGACAGGACAGGGAAGGUCGUGAAGGGACGGGAACGGGUGAAGGUCAGGUCGAAGUACGCCGAGGAUGUAUACAUGAACAACCACACCGCCGUGUGGGGAUCAUGGUAUGAUCGUGACACUGGUGUAUGGGGAUACGCAUGCUGUCACUCGUCCAUCCACGCAUCGUACUGUACCGGUGCAGCCGGUAUCGAAGCAGCGAAGGAGUCCAGUGCACAAGCGCUGCUCUCCAAAGCUAUGCCUCCGCCGCCUGUGCCCGAUUAUACGGAAAGCGACCGUAAAGGCAAGGGUCGCGCCAUGGACACCGACUCCGAGUCAUUAGUAGAUGGGCUCGCUGAUGAAAGGAAGAGGAAGGCCAGAGGAGAAGAUGGUGACAGGUUUGCGAAGAAGAGCAAGGGAGACGAUACGAGGGACGCCGCGAAGCUUGGUGUAUCUGAGUCUGAGCUUGAGUCCUACCGCAUGAAGAGGCCUAUGAUGGAGGAUCCCAUGGCCAAUUAUGUGGAUUCGGAGAUCUGA